UGCUCUGUGGUUUCCCCUGACCUUCCUAACCUUAAAGAAAUAUUCUUUAUUUUUCUAAAAUUAAAAAAAAUUCUUUUAUUCCCUUUUUAUUUACAUAUGUUCUUUGUAGAACUGAUGAAUAUUGGAUUCCUUCAAAUGAAACCAUUUUCCUUUUUUUACUUGUUCUAAUAGAAUGAUUAUAUAAGUAAAAGACAAUUUAGUCUUAGUAUGGAUGAAUUUUUAUUUAGAAGCUCCCAAAAAUUAGAUUCAUUGCAAAUCCAACUAGGACUUGCAGCCUCUCAUAGUAAAGAUGUCUUCCACCAAUUUUCCGAACACAGUAAAUUAUUGGUAUCACAAGUUUGGAAUAAUUCAAAAACUCUCGAACUCAAAGAAGCAUUCAAGGAAAUAUGGUUUUACUUAAUUGACGUGGCAGAACAUGUUCGAUAUAAAAUCCAGUUCUAUAGUGAUCCUAGACGAAUAUAUUUGGGAGCACUGGGACUCUUUGGAAGAAAUUGGACAAAAAGAGAGAUAUAUAUUGGCUUGGCUGGUUUUGUUGUUGGGAGUAUUAUAGGUGUGGUAAUUGGGCUCUCAUAUCACAGACAGGAAUCUGUAACUCGUUAUAUGCAAGCGGUCCAAUGCAGAUACUAUUCAGGAUCUGAGUCUAUUUUAGUAUCUGAAGAUGCUAAGGCACCACAUGAGUGUGCAGAACAUGAGGUGCUUAUUGAUGUUAAAGCAUGCUCAGUGCAGGUUUUAGACAAUUACAUUUCCCAUGGUUAUGGAAGAACACUAAGGAGAAUUAUGAGGAAGUACUAUGAGAACUCUUCAGAACUCCCAGUCACCUUGGGCAGAGAUUGUACUGGGAUAGUUACAGAUAUUGGGAAAAAUGUAAGGAGAAUAGAAAUUGGUGAUGAAGUAUGGUUAACUGUACCAUUUUGGGCACAAGGCACUAUGUCUCAAACAAUUAUAGUUCCUGAAAUUAGAGUUAGCAAAAAACCUAGAAAUGUAGGCUUUGAAGGUGCCUGCAGUGUACCUUAUGCAGGCUGUGCUGCCCUGUCAGCUUUGGAAAAAUGUAAUAUUACAUUUGAAAAUGCUCAAGAAAAGAGAGUUCUAAUCCAUGGCAGUUGUACACCUGUUGGGUGUAUUUUGAUUCAAAUCUUGAAGUACUGGGGUGCUGAUGUUUCUUCAACUUGUAACAAACGUGCUUUACCGGUCGCUCUAGCUCUGGGAGCUGAAGAUAUUAUAAUAAUGGAAGAAGAAUAUAUAACAAGAAAUUCUAAUAGUGAUAACCAUCAUUUGUUGGAAGAACUGAAAAAAAGACACAAUUUUGAUGCUAUUAUUCUUACUUGGGAUGUUAGCCCAUCUAAUGAGGAGUUGCAGAAGUUUUGCAAAUGUAUCAUUUCCACGACACCUGAGAAACUGCCUUCAGAUUCGUAUGGAUUUUUUAGAAGAUACAUAUUUCAGUUCUGUAUAUGGCUACGGUGGCAUUUAGAGAGUUUCUCUGGAAUUUCUCUGAAUGAAUAUGAUGAGGUCCAUAUGUGCCAUUCAACAUUAGACCAGCUGACAGAAUUGGUGAAAAACGGACAUCUACAAACUGUAGUUGACAAAGUUUAUCUACCUCAAGAUAUUGACAUAGCUCUUUCACAUUUGGAGUCCACUAGAUCUAUUGGAAGUACAAUCAUUACAUUCAGAUAACAUUCAUUUCUUCAAGAAAGAAUUCAUAGUACGAACUUUGUUGGAUGGAAUAUUAUCUGAAGGAAUUGAUUUUAUUCGAAGAUAGGUGCCAAAUUCAAUAGAGCAAAAAAGUUAUUUUUUCUCCAGCAGUAAUAGAAAAAAAAUCUUCCAUUCAAUAUUUUCAUUGAAUUUUAUUCAAUGAUAACUAUUAUUAGGAAUGUAAGUGCCUUCUGACUGCCAUGAAUUAUAAAAUAUUUAUUGAUUGAUUGGUGAGAUAAAAUUUUUAUCAUUUAUUGGUUAAUUUUGAAUUGAAUACAGAAUGGAUAAAGCAGAGUACAACUGAAAAAACACAUAUAAUGAUAUUUUAGUUGUACUCUGAUUAUUUAGGUAUAUGGAAAUAAGGAGUUGAAAUUUGUAGCUUUUACUGUUAUAUCUUUAUUGUGUACUGUUUUCUUCAAUUCUGUUUCUACAAGAGAAAACAUAAUUGUUCUUUAUUAUAUGUAGAAAAAUAUAUUUACAGAAAUGCAA